GCAAGGGGUGCUGGGAUGGCGCCGGUGAAGCUGUUGUUCGUCAGUGAGAGCUUUUGAAGGCUUGUGAGCUUGUCGCCAAGCUCGGCAGGGAUACGCCCAUGGAGCCUGUUGCUGCCGAGACUCAGCAACUGUAAGCUGACGCAGAAGCUCAGGUUUGCUGGAAGUUUACCAGAGAAAGUGUUGUAGCUCAGGUCAAGUGAACGCAGACGCUGUAGGCAGCCAAUGCUCGCAGGAACAUCUCCGCGGAACCAGUUGGAGCUCAGGUUCAGCGUCCGCAGAAAGGUGAGGUUUCCAAUGGCCGGGGAGAGGGUGCCGGCGAGCCCGUAGGAGGGCAGGCUCAGCGCAACCACCCGGCCGCGGCUGCACGCCACACCCUCCCAGCGGCAGAAGCCGGUGCUUGCGUUCCAGGAGGGAAGCAGCGCGGAGCCGUGGCCGGCGAGCUCCGCCUUGAACGCGAGCAGGGCGCUGGCCUCGCCGCUGCCGCCGCCCCAGGAGGCCAAUGCAGUCGUGAUGAAGAUGGUGAAAGGCAGCAGGCUCACGACGCGCGUUGCCGCCAUGGUGGAGCUGCAGCAGAGACUCGGAGCAUGCAGGUUAAAACAGAGGCCUUUCCUUGGACUCGGGGCGGGGAAAAAAACUCUGCUGUGUUGUUUAAGCUGAUAGAUGCUUGCUUAUUUGGCGCCAUUGUGCUUGUUUCAACGCGCCGGCUAAUCGGUCUGCUGCUUGGAAUAUGAUUCAGACGCCGUACGAGGACCGUUUCCGAUUACUAGACCACAGACCAGAGUUUUGUGAUCCGUGGCUGACUCGCUGGACUUUACUACCUGAGUCCUCUUGAUGAAGAAAAUUUUAGCCGAGCAAUAUGCAGUAAUCCUGACUAGAACUUCUGUGCUGCGUAUCAGCCAAUCAGUGCCCAAUGGCCGUUACGUGAACCUGCAACUGAAGUUGCUUCGGUCACAAAAAAAUGUGCUUACUGGUUGCUCGUGGUGUACCUAACCUCGCAUUCAGUUCAAGAACACAUGCUCUUUCCCUACCCAGAAACAAACAUUCGAUUCGAUUGCUGGCACCGUGGAGUCGAUUUGCACCGUCUUCUUUUUCAUUGGCAAUGGAUUACUCAAAAGUAUAGGAUGGAGCAAGGAAUAGGGUGGAGCAAGGAGUACUCUACAUUUGAGCAAGAAAGAAAUGUGUGUUUUGGCGAUUAUCAAAAAUAUUUUGAUAUUGGCGAUGAAAUCGGUAAUAUGCUGGAGCACCAUCCACUGAAAAAGAUAGUUUUUUCAUUACGGAUAGAGAUGAGUAAUCUGCUGCUGGAGAUGCUCUUAGCACAUGGCUCCGUAUUCGGGGAUUUGGUUAGGCUCCGGGGAGAAGUGGUGAAGAGCAAACGCUACUUUCUCCAUGUAUAAACAUCCUUCAGAAGUUCAGAAUACACUCUUCCAUCACCAUUCCGUUUCUUUUUUCUUUUUGAGGGAAGUGCUCUGUAAGAUUCGUGCGGAGGAUAAGGCGUCUCCCUCUUCCUCGAAUUCCAAAACCCCAUUCCCCCUCAAUCCGCUCCCUCCCCAUCCCCCCGUCUCCAAUGGCGGCCUCCCUGCUCCGCGCCUCGCCCCUCUCCCUCCUCUCGCGCCUAAAGCCCAGGCCGUCCGCGUUGCACCUCCGCCGCCUCCUCCCGCUCUCCACCACCUCGGCCUCGGCCGCGCCCUCGUCCUCCGGCCCCGCGCCCCAGCUCCGAACCCUAGCGGCCGCGGCGGCGACCGACGCGGCAGCGACCCCGGCGGAGGAGGCGGCGGCGCCCGCCGCGGCGGGUGAGAAGGUCGAGAGGCUGCAGCCACUGCAGUGGCCGCCGAGGGACGCGCUGUGCGGCGAGCUCGGCGUCGGGGACGCCGGCCGCAGGGUGCGGCUCUGCGGAUGGGUCGCGCUACGCCGCGCGCACGCCGGGCUCACCUUUCUCACCCUGCGCGACCGCUCCGGGAUGGUUCAGGUGACAACAUUGCCAGAGUACCCAGAAGUUUACAACAUAGUAAACAAGUUGAGAGUUGAGUCAGUGGUUGCUGUUGAGGGGGUGGUCCGGCCACGCCCAGCAGAUGCCAUCAAUGCAGAUAUGAAGACUGGGGCUAUAGAGGUUGCUGCUGAUCGUGUUUUAGUGCUGAACUCAGUAACUCGUUCAUUGCCGUUUCCAGUUACAACUGCUGACUCUGUAAAAGAGAAGUUUCCGGAAGAAAUUAGAUUGAGGUUUAGAGUGCUGGACAUGCGUCGUCCUCAAAUGCAGUCGAACCUGCGGUUGCGCCAUAAUGUUGUUAAACUCAUCCGACGUUACUUGGAGGAUGAACAUGAAUUUGUUGAGAUUGAGACUCCAGUUUUAUCCAAGUCUACACCAGAAGGUGCUCGGGACUAUCUUGUACCAUCAAGAGUUCAGCCAGGAACAUUCUAUGCUCUCCCUCAAAGCCCUCAGUUGUUCAAGCAAAUGUUGAUGGUUUCUGGCUUUGAAAAAUAUUACCAGAUUGCAAGGUGCUUCCGUGAUGAAGAUUUGCGUGCGGACAGGCAACCAGAGUUUACACAACUUGAUAUGGAGAUUGCCUUUACAUCAAUGGAGGAUAUGUUGAAGUUAAAUGAAGAUUUGAUGAGACAUGUUUUUCAAGCGGUAGGAGGUAUCAAGCUGCCAAAUCCAUUUCCAAGGUUAACAUAUGCAGAGGCAAUGAAUCGCUAUGGGACAGAUAGGCCUGACCUUCGGUUUGAUUGGGAGCUGAAAGAUGUUAGCGAUGUAUUUUUGGGAAGUGGCUUCAAGGUUUUUGCUGAUACCUUGGAAAAUGGAGGUGUAAUAAAGGCACUGUGUGUUCCUGGUGGUGCCACGGUGUUUUCAAACACUGACCUAAAGAAAGGAACAGUUUACACUGAAGCUUCCAAAGCUGGAGCCAAGGGCCUGCCUUUCCUCAAAGUUAUGGAGAAUGGGGAUCUUGAAGGAAUUGGUCCGCUGGUAUCAAGUCUGAAACCUGAAAAGAAAGAGCAGCUCGUGAAACUUCUGGAUGCAAAGGCGGGCGAUCUUAUCCUGUUUGCACUGGGUGAGCAAUCAUCAGCUAACCGGGUUCUUGGCCGGUUAAGAUUAUUUAUUGCUCAUAAGCUGGAAGUGAUAGACACGUCAGCACAUUCAGUUCUUUGGGUGACAGAUUUUCCAAUGUUCGAAUGGAACAGUGAUGAGCAGAGAUAUGAGGCCCUACACCAUCCUUUCACUGCACCAAAUCCUGAAGAUAUGAAUGAUCUACCAUCAGCUCGUGCCCUGGCUUAUGACAUGAUUUACAAUGGUGUGGAGAUUGGAGGGGGCAGUUUGAGAAUCUACAAAAGUGAUGUACAGCAAAGAAUUUUUGAGAUCAUUGGUAUCUCACCUGAACAAGCGGAGGAGAAAUUUGGCUACCUUUUAGAAUCUUUCGACAUGGGUGCUCCUCCACAUGGAGGCAUUGCCUAUGGAUUGGAUCGGUUGGUGAUGCUCUUGGCUGGUGAGAGCUCAAUCCGGGAUGUGAUAGCAUUCCCCAAGACCACGACAGCUCAGUGUGCACUCACCAAAGCACCAUCUGCUGUAGAUCCUCAGCAACUGAAGGAUCUUGCCUUCCCAAAGUCUACUUUGUAACCCUGUUCAGAAUUUUGGGUUAGUUGGUUGCUUCUCUAUAUUUUGAGGCGCAUUCUAGUUUUGCAUGUUAGGGAAUGCGCUUUGUUGAUGAGAACUUUCCAACCCCGGGAAAUCUAUAGAAGAUGGUUAACACAAAGUUCUGGAAAUAAGGAUUCGCAAGAGAUUCAACAGCGAUGCUAUGCAUUUGUAUACAUCUGUCUUGUAAAUUAUUCAACAUAAUACGAAUUUUUUGUGCAAAAUGUGAACUUCACGGUGCUCCAUUUGUUGCACCCGGUAGUUUUUUCUUCAUGCAAUAAAGAUUUCUCCCAGGCGUAUGUUUGGAAAUAA